GCGGUGAAACUGCGUCCCUCGCAUUGUUUACACCGGCGGUGCUCCCCUCCCCCACACACUCAUCCCUCCUUUCUUCCACUCCAUCCCCCUCUUUCAACUCCUCCUUCUCCCUCACUACCGCUACUUCCAACAGCUGAUUUCCAGACCGGAGAGAGGAGCACGGCGACACAGUUCAGGUUAGGAAUCAGCUGCAGCAGGAGGAUUCAACGCGAGCAGAAAUGCGGGGAGAGCGCCGCGAUCCUCCAGCAUCCGUCAUGAAGAUCUGAGCUCCGCCGCCGCUGCCAUCAGCUCCGAGAGGAUGGCUUUCCAUGGAUCCUCUCGGCCAACAGUGUGUGGUAACAUAUUCCCUGGAUCAGAGUUAGGUCACAAGUAUUUUUGUGUCAACACCACGACCGGCACUACCUCAACGGGCCUCAGUGCAACACCAAAUCCGACCGUACCCAACGCACCUGCUGGGACUCCCAGGCACCCCGCGUCUCUCGGGGGCAGCACAGGUGGAGGGGCGGCCAUCCCGCAACCUCACAGUAACCCAGCAAGUGAGGUUCCAAGUCCUGCUGAAAUGGAGCCUGAUCGGCCCAUUGGUUAUGGUGCAUUUGGAGUGGUCUGGUCUGUGACGGACCCUCGGGAUGGACGUAAGGUGGCUCUGAAGAAAAUGCCGAAUGUCUUCCAGAACCUGGUCUCCUGCAAACGUGUGUUCAGGGAACUCCGGAUGCUGUGUUUCUUUAAACAUGACAAUGUGCUGUCUGCCCUUGACAUUCUCCAACCUCCACAAAUCGACUGCUUUGAGGAGAUAUACGUGAUCACUGAGCUCAUGCAGAGUGACCUGCAUAAAGUCAUCGUUUCACCUCAGCCUCUCACCACCGAUCACAUCAAGGUGUUUCUCUACCAGAUACUCAGGGGGCUGAAGUACCUGCAUUCUGCAGGCAUUCUGCACAGAGACAUCAAACCAGGGAACCUGCUGGUCAACAGCAACUGUCUGCUUAAGAUUUGUGACUUUGGCCUAGCGCGAGUAGAGGAACCAGAUCCUUCUCGUCACAUGACCCAGGAGGUGGUGACUCAGUAUUACCGUGCUCCAGAGGUUCUGAUGGGAUGCCAGCAUUACACUUCAUCGAUAGAUGUCUGGUCUGUAGGCUGCAUCUUCGCAGAGUUGCUGGGCAGACGUAUUCUUUUUCAGGCUCAGAGCCCCAUACAACAGUUGGAUCUGAUCACUGAUCUCCUUGGGACUCCUCCUCUUUCUGCCAUGGCAUCCGCGUGUGAAGGAGCGCGAGCGCAUAUUCUUAGAGGAACCCACAAACCACCCUCGCUUUCUGUUCUGUACAUGUUGUCAGAUGGGGCAACACAUGAAGCUGUUCAUCUUUUGUGCCGCAUGCUAGUUUUUGAUCCAGCCAAGCGCAUCUCGGGCAGUGACGCUCUGUCUCAUCCCUACUUGGAUGAGGGUCGUCUGCGGUACCACACCUGCAUGUGUAAGUGCUGCUACUCUGUGCCCAGCGGGAGGGUGUACACCCGAGACUUUGAGCCGCCUGCGGAUCGACCUUUCAGUCACAACUAUGAGCAGAGCAUGCACUCCGUCUGGCAGGGCAAAGAGCUAGUUCAUCGUUUGUUUAUAGAGGAGCAGCAGGGAGGACGAGUGCCUUUGUGCAUCAAUCCCCAGAGUGCAGCCUUCAAAACCUUCAUUAGAUCCACAGCCUGGCAUUCUUCAAAAGUAUCAAGGAAAGAAGAGAGAUGAGGUGGAUUCUGGGAAAUGUGGAUCAUAUGAGCAAGCAUGCAAUGGAGAUGAAGAUGGUUCUUGAUGGAUUCUCAGCACUCGUUCCAAUUCCACAUAGGGAUUUCUCUGAAAUCCACUUACACACCACUGAUGAAUAAUGCUUCUGAUGCUGUUGAGAACACUUUUAUACUGACUGUGCUUGAGGAUUACGGGAAAUAGAAUUUCCCACAGAAAACAAAGAAAAUCUCAUGGAUUGUUGAAUUUUGACUAAAUGAGCCAACGUCAAAGUUGUGCAAUACAGAUAUCUGGAAUAAUGCAAAUGACAAGACCACGCUGACCAUGAUUUCACUAACGGAUGAGAUGACCGUGCCCACAAGUCCAUAGCAUCGGCCGUGCAGCCAUCUUUACUCAGAGUGUAUCUCCAACCUCUGUCUAGACUUUUAUCACUGUGUUCUUUUUGCGGGUUCUUAGGUUUUAUUCUUAAACUUCUGAUAACCAAAAGUUCUUAAGUCAUCUUUCUUUGUUACUGCUUUCUCAUUUGACUGAAUGCUUUCUGUUUCUUAUCACUCAGAUUUUCUAUUAAUUUUUUUCUUUACUGUUAUUAUUUAGUUUUUUUUUUUGGGGGGGGGGGGGUGUUUUAUUCUGCAGUUUCUUUUGUAACCUCUCAACAUUAUGAAACAUCCAGUGCAAACCAUCCUUCAGCAAAUGCAUUACAGUUUUAGAGUCGUAUCAGAACGCUGUAUAGAGGUGACGGUGUUUUGUGUGGCAACAGACGUACGUACUUGUUUAUCUGUGGGACGUAUAUACUGUUCCAUUCCCACCUUAAGCAUCUUCCCAAAGGUCCCGCCCCCCUCCUAGGACCAAACGAGAUUGAUGUCAAUAUCCUGCUCUCUGAUUGGGCGAUGCUCUGUAGGCAGAGAAGAUAGAUUGAAUAUUAUUUAUUUUCUCUUUUUAAUUUAUUGUUGUCUUGUUCAACUUGUUAGGUGUCUGUGUUUGGCGGACCAGUUGUGUGGGUUUCAUGGUGGCAUGAGCUGGUCUGUUUUUAAAAAACUGUGCAUUUUGGAGAGUUUAGAGAAUGUGCAGUGUUGUACUUUUUUCAAUAUGUCAUUACCUCAACUGGCCCUCAGUUUACUGGGCUGGUGUAUAUAGACUGAACCCAAUUGUUUAUCAAAAAUGUACUGUAAUGUAGUCGAAUGACGUCAAGUGUGUGUGUGUGGAGCUCCUCCACUGGGCCGCAGUCUAUCCCUGAAUCCGUCUGCUUUCCCUUUUUGCUUCAGAGCAGAUUGUUGGGACAGUGGCUUAUGGUUAAUUUUAGAUAGUUGUUGGGGAAAUGCUGCUGUUUGUGUAAUACCUCUAAAACCUCCCCAACUCAUUUGUAAAAGUAACACGUCUAGAGCUCAGGUUUCAUAUGAUACAAUAUGAACUAGACUGUAGACACUGUAAACAUAGAUCCAGGCAGUCGCUGGUGCUCUCUAGGUUUAUUGCAGAGAGCUGAAUACUCAAAAACGUCCAGUACUGUGAACGUUUGCCUCCUACCACCAGAUGGCAACAAACGCACAGGGCACGUUUGGAUGUAUCAAGGCAGUUGCUGCUCAUCAAUAAUGUCUCUCAAUGCUUGUGUGUAUGGACUUCACUUGGAUUUGCAAUUCCAGUGCAUUAGAAGUUUGAUUUUUAGAAGCUUUUUUUUUUAUUUUAUUUUUUUUUAUUUUAUUAUAGGAAUAUGUUUUCCCCCCUAUGUAUUGUGGACAAAAUUUUUUUAGCUUUUGGUUACAAUUUUUAGUUUCUUAAGUUGAUGAUGUUUUUAUGACCACUUUUGCCAUUGUCUUGGUAGAAAAGCUUGCAAAAUAGUGAAGGAAUGAAGAUCGGUGGGUUGGUUGACUGCCAAGCAGAAAGUAGACUUUUUAUGUAAAUGGUGAAUUUCUUUCAGUCGUAAGAUAAUAGAUGUUAGACAUUUUUUAAGAUGAAACUCAAAGCUUGAUAUUCGUGUAAAUGGCUAUUAUUUUGAUAAAAUGAUUGAACAGUUGUUUUAAGAUGGUUAUUACUUUCUUGUUAUCUGUUUUUGGUUUUAUGUUUAAUUUUUUUUUUUUUUUGUCUUUGCAUUUUAGAAGAAAAAAAUAUUUUGGAUUUGUGUUGCCAACAAAUACUUGAAGUUUUUAAGAAAAAAAAAAGAGAUGUGGGUUAGGGUAAAAUAGACAUUAAAGAGACAGACACUGGAA